GUGGAUGCUGCCGGGCAGAGGAAACGCUGCGGAGGAAACGCCAGGCGGCUGAGGCAGCGUUACCCCAGCUCUGCGGAGGUGCAGGCUGUUAUUUGGAGUACCAGGCACAUGAAGGAUUUCCAGGAUGCGCUCCCGUCAUAACGGAGCGUUGCUCAAGGCUCGGUAACUGGGAAGAGCUCGGCGGAUGAAAUCCUGCUCCGACAAGUCUUGGAGGAGCUGAAGUGAACGCCGCUCCCUUUGCCUGUUGCUCCUGCCGCGGCAUCUCCCGGGGCCGCCUUUCCCGCAGGAAUUUCCCUUCUGGGAGCUGCAGAGGGGUCGAGCUGAGAGCUGAGAGAGCUGAGAGAGAGCCGAGCCCCCGGCACCCAGAGGUAACAAAGACGCAGAAUUUGGCCUGAGCAUGGCCACGCUGGUGCCGGGGAAGCUGAGCCAGCUCCUGAUCAGCGUGCGGCAGCUGCCGGGGCUGCUGGGGCCGCUGUCCCCGGGCACGGUGAGCAGCGCCGAGGUGCCCGCGGUGUUCUGCAAGCCCUACAUCCACGGCGGCUACCGGCCCGUGCGCCAGACCUGGCGCUAUUACUUCUCCACGCUCUUCCAGCAGCACAACGAGGCCGUCAACGUCUGGUCUCACCUGGUGGCCGCGCUGGUGCUGCUGCUGCGCCUGCAGCACCUCUGGCAGCGCGUGGACUUCGGGCAGGACGCGCACGCCCGGCCCCUGCUCAUCAUCCUGGCCGCCUCCAUCACCUACCUGACCUUCAGCAGCCUGGCGCACCUGCUGCAGGCCAAGUCGGAGUUCUGGCACUACAGCUUCUUCUUCAUGGACUACGUGGGGGUGGCCGUGUACCAGUAUGGCAGCGCCCUGGGUCACUUCUACUACGCCAUCGAGCCGGGCUGGCACCAGCACGUCCGUGGGUUCUUCCUGCCGCUGGCGGCGGUGCUGGCCUGGCUGUCCUGCGCCGGCUCCUGCUACGCCAAGUUCCGCUUCCACCCGCGCUGCCCGCUGCCCGGGCGGCUGUGCCAGGAGCUGCCCUCGGGGCUGGCCUACCUGCUGGACAUCAGCCCCGUGCUGCACCGCAUCUGCACGGCCGCGCGCCCCGACCCCGCCCUGCUCUACCACAAGUGCCAGGUGCUCUUCUUCCUCCUGGCCGCCUUCUUCUUCUCCCACCCCUACCCCGAGAAGUGGUUCCCCGGGAGGUGCCACUUCGUGGGGCAGAGCCACCAGAUCUUCCACGUGUUCCUGGUGCUGUGCACGCUGGCGCAGAUCGAGGCCGUGGUGCUGGACUACGAGUCCAGGAGGGAGAUCUACUCCUCCCUGCAGCAGGGCCUGGCUCACGACUUCUCUGCGCUGUUCCUGCUCACCGUCACCUGCUCCGUCCUCACAGCCGCCUACAUGGCCCGCAGGGUGAGCAACAAGCUGGGCCUCAAGGAGGAGUAAACAAAAAAUGAGCUCAGCCCAAACCCAGCCCCAAGCCCCCACAUGCUGCUUCAGGAACUGUUACUCAGCAAGUGCUUUCUGUAAGAAUGAGAGAUGCUUUAAUGCUUUUUUAAUCCAGCUUGCUCAUAGAAUGGUACAGGGUUCAGUUCAGCUCUGAAUAAACAGU